UGCUCCUGAUGCCGCCUGCCAGUCAAAAUCUACCGGCAGCAGUCACAACUGCCCCAGUCGCUGCAUCUCAGCCGGGACAUUUGUACAAUCCGCAGCUGGAGCCAGCUGCCUAUGCCUCCGUUCCCGUAUUGCCACUGAAGCCAAUGAGCAAUGGCAUAGGUAUCAAUAGCCAUCAGCAUCAGCAGCAGCAUCAUCAUCCGCAGCAGCAGCAGCAGCAGCACCUUCACCAUCCGCACCACCAGAACCAGAACCAGAAUCAGAAUCAGAACAAACGCAAGUUUUCAACCUUCUUCUAGGGACUAGGAUUGAUUGAUUGAUUGAUUAAUUGCGGUUGAGACAAUUAUUUACGCGAGUUGAAUGUGUAUAUAAUGAUUAGGUAGCUCCCCUCACCCACUUCCCAGUUGUGCUGUUGCUAUUUUCUUUUUAAGUAAUUUUAUUAUGUAAUUUUUAUGCCCUUUUGUUU